AGUGUUCAAUUAAGGUAUUUCAAAGUAAAAAAUGAGUUUCUUUAUUUAUUUUUAUCUGAAGAUUACGAGUUAAAACUCUUGGAAUCGAGUAUUUUCAUUUCUCGUUAUUUCAACGGUUUCUUUUGAUGCCAUCUAACCGGUAUGUUGAUAUCACGUCACUUUUCAAUUAUCAUGUUAUGCAUUAUAAUGCACAUUGUCAUUAUAUCAUGCAAUACUUUUUUCUAAUAACGUGAUCAUCCUGCUAUGAUGGCAAAUUUUGACUGUAGAAUAUAAUGCACAUUGUCAUUAUAUCAUGCGAUAUUUUUUUCUAGUAACGUGAUCAUCCUGCUAUGAUAGCAAAUUUUGACUGUAGAAUAUAUAUUCUUAUACUUUUAAUCUUUAAUUUAUAAGAUAUUGUUCAAUAUAAUAUAAUUUUGUGUGAAAUAAUAAUUUUAUUUUAAAUAAUAUUAGUUUACGUUAGUUUUUUAUUUUAACAUAUUUAUAUAUUUUAAGCAUUAAUAAUAUAUAAAACAUAUUUGAAUACUUAGGUGAAAUACAGUUAUAAAGAUUAAAGUGAUAAAAAUUAAUAUUAGUACAACUAUAUGUAAGUUACAAAAUUAUAAGGACUCAACUGAAAGUAAAUAAUAUUUUGAUGUUUUAAAUAGUAUAACCUCAAAAUUUGAGGGUUUGAAAGUUUUUUGGAGAGCAAAAAAACCCAAAAAUUGAGGGUAUGAAUGUCUCUUAGAAAUGCUCUUAGUCAAAAUUUUAUUUUCGUUAGCAAAUAUAUUCAUUUCCAUAUUUAUAGGACUCAUUUUGAGGGAAAAAAUCCUAGAAAGCCUAAGCAAUAGAUCAUCACACAUAAAGAUAUAUAUAGACUAUUCCAAAAUUGAUAAGACAAGUAAAAUAGAGGAGUGUCCUUGAUUCUCUGAAGCCUCUUGGUCUCAUCUCAAAUUUAACAUUCGUAAACAAUAUUGGUCUCUUCUCCAAUUUAGGAAACGUUAAAGAUAUACCAUAUAAAUAAAAUAUAAAAUAAACUAAACCCAAAAAGAAUACCAUUUGAAGACUUCGGAUUUUGUUAAUUUUAAGAACAAAGACUUCAGAUUUUGCUUGUCAUCCAAAGUUCUUGGAACAGCCAAAAAAUCUAUGUUGGAUACGUUUCUCCGAGAAAAACGCUAUAUUAACAAAAGGGUAUCGACCAAACAUGGGAGCAUACAAAUCUGAGGACGAUUAUGAUUACCUGUUCAAAGUUGUGUUAACAGGAGAUUCCGGUGUCGGAAAAUCAAAUCUGCUCUCCCGAUUCACCAAAAACGACUUCAGCCACGAUUCGCGCUCGACCAUUGGCGUCGAAUUCGCCACACGGAGCAUUCAAGUCGACGACAAGAUUGUCAAAGCUCAAAUAUGGGAUACUGCGGGCCAAGAAAGGUAUCGAGCCAUCACGAGCGCUUAUUACCGAGGAGCCGUUGGUGCGUUAUUGGUCUACGACGUAACACGGCACGUGACAUUCGAGAACGUUGAGAGAUGGCUAAAGGAGUUAAGGAACCACACAGACGCAAACAUUGUGAUUAUGCUAGUAGGUAACAAAUCUGAUCUGCGUCACCUUCGAGCCAUCCCGACUGAAGAAGUGAAAGCUUUUGCAGAGAGAGAGAACACUUUCUUCAUGGAGACUUCGGCACUCGAAGCAUUAAACGUCGAAAGCGCUUUCACAGAGGUUCUCACUCAGAUUUACAGAGUCGUUAGCAAGAAUGCUCUUGAAGGUGGAGCUGAUCCAACCACUGCUUUGCCUAAAGGACAGGUGAUUAAUGUUGGAAGCAGAGAUGAUGUUUCAGCGGUCAAGAAAGCGGGUUGCUGCUCGACAUAAUAGCCGGCCUCGAAAUUUUAAAGGGUCUUAAACAAUUUAGUAAAAUCUUUUGCAAACUUGUUUCUUUUUCUAAUUUAGGAACCUAUAUUUUAUCUAUUAACUUGGAAAAUUUUGGUAGCUCAAAGCUAAUGUUUCAUUUAUAUAUGUCCAGGAUCGGCUAUGUGCAUAAACGAGCUUUUACUCUCUUUUUGUAAGCAAUCUCUUUUGAUGUACUGAAACGUUACAGGUUAAAAGAAAUGUGGAAACUUUGAUAUUGCAAUUGGAAUAAAGAAUCACUUUUUAUUUGGGAAAAUCGCAUUGUAAACACUCAGAAUGUCACUUUCUAACACUUUAAACACUGAACUUUUUUGACAAGCACUUUAAACCUUCAAAGUGACAUUUUUAUCAUA